UUAGUGACCAAAGCUAUUUUUUGUAACAGCCUGUAAACAUGUUUAUUUCUGCUUCAAAGUUGGGGUUCUAUGAGGUUUGACUCAGCAUUGGAGAAACCCUCAAGUGGCAUUUCGAGGAACUGUAGUUUUAGGCACUUCACAUUGGCUUCAUUUUUUAGUCUCAGAGGUUGCAGCCUGAUCAGAACCACACAGUCACUGAUUAACACUAUUUGAUAUCCAUUUCACUGAUAUGCAGAGGGCAGAGUCCAUGAAACCCGCAAGCCUCUGCUGUGAUGCCAAGAGCCAAUGUCAUCAAGUAAAGGAGCAAGUAAAAAACAGGUUUCAGUUUUACAGACUUGAGCCCUUGUUUUCAGGAUGGAUUCAUUCUUUUCUGUCAUUGGAUCUUAUGUUUACUGGGAUGUCAGAAGUCUGCUGCUCUUCACUGCAGUUUUCAUCCUCACUGCAGAUUAUAUUAAGAACCGUCGGCCGCACAGCUUCCCUCCAGGACCUCGGGCAUUUCCUAUUGUGGGCAACAUAUUCACUCUGGAUUUCAAGAGGGCCCAUGAGAGUAUGACACAGUUAGCAGGGAAAUAUGGAGACGUGUACAGCCUGCGAAUGGGUCCAGUGUGGAUGGUGGUGUUAAACGGGUUUGAGGUUCUGAAAGAAGCUCUGGUGAAUCAGGGAGACAGCCUGGUGGACCGUCCAUGCUUCCCACUGCAGGAAGACAUGUUCCAUGGACGAGGUCUAGCUCUCAGCAAUGGGAACACAUGGAAGCAGCAGAGGCGUUUUGCACUGUCGACCCUCAAACAUUUUGGUUUUGGCAAGAAGUCACUAGAGCCUGUCAUCUUGGAUGAAUUUGCAUAUUGUGCAAGAUACCUCAUCAGCUAUAAAGGUAAACCAUUUAAUCCUCACACCAUCCUCAACAACGCUGUCUUCAGCAUCAUCUACACCUUGGUUUUUGGUCAUCACAUUGAGCACAGUGAUGAGAAGUUCAUCAAACUGAUGAAGUUGUUCAACAAAGGUCUUGAAAUUGAAGUCUCCAUUUGGGCACAGCUUUACAACUCAUUCCCUCGACUGAUGAGACGUUUGCCUGGGCCACAUCAGACAAUCCAGAACAUCAGCAACAAUGUAAAGGACUUCAUAAGAGAAGAGCUUAAGCAGCACAGACAGAAGUGGGAUCCCUCAGACCAAAGAGACUUCAUCGACUGCUACCUGAAUGAGAUGAAUAAGGGGCAGGCUGACAGUACUUUUGAUGAGGAAAACCUGGUUGUGUCUGUCAUUGAUCUGUUUGUGGCUGGCACAGAGACCACAACCACCACUCUGCGCUGGGCUUUCCUCUACAUGACAAAGUACCCUGAGAUCCAGGCAAAGGUCCAGGCUGAGAUAGACAGAGUGAUUGGACAGUCCAGACAGGUGUCCAUGGAAGAUCGUCCACACCUGCCCUACACUGUAGCUGUACUCCAUGAGAUCCAGAGGAUGGGCAACAUAGUUCCUCUCAGCGUGCCUCAUGUUACCAACAGGGACAUCCAGCUGGGAGGAUACACAAUCCCAAAGGGACUCAUAAUAAUCCCCAAUCUGACCUCGGUGCUGUUCGAUAAGAAUGAAUGGAAGACGCCCAACACCUUCAACCCAGGACACUUUCUGAACGAGGAGGGCAAGUUUGUGAAGCGAGCUGCUUUCAUCCCUUUCUCUGCUGGUAAGCGGGUGUGUCUCGGAGAGAACCUGGCCAAGAUGGAGCUUUUCCUCUUCUUCACCUCCUUCAUGCAGCACUUCACCUUCUCCACGCCUGCUGGGGUGAAGCCUGUGAUGGACUAUUGCAUUGGCAUGUCUUUAGCACCAUGUCCAUAUGAAAUCUGUGUAACCUCACGCUAAGAGAAGC